AUGGUGAACAAUCCAAACCCGAACAACCCAAAUCCAAACGACCAAAAUCCCACCAACCAAAACACAGACCAACCCCAGCUACAGCACCAAAUCGACCAACUCGCCACGGUCUUAGAGCAAAUCAGUCAUCGGCUUGAUGUUAUGGAUGAGCGUUACGUGCGAGAGGAGUAUGGGCCUUUCAAUCGACGAAGGCGUGGAGCAGUUCAUGGGGAAAGAGUGGAUGAAAGUAACGGAGAUGCGGAGGAAGAAGGGAAUGAAGAAGAAUAUCAGGAGCUUGAGGACCAUGGGCCGCGAGUCCGACGUCAUAGGCGGAACUUUUGCCGAGGACAUGUCGAUCACGGUGCAGAUUAUCAGCCUCUUGAUGAGCUGACUAAGAGGAUGAAGAUCGAUGUGCCGGAUUUUUAUGGGAAGUUAGAACCCAAUGCAUUCGAGGACUGGUUAACAGCAAUCGAGGAUUAUUUCGAUUGGUUCGCUGUCUCGGAGGAUAGAAAGGUCCGUUACGUUCGGAUGAAAUUGAAGGGACAUGCACGAGCAUGGUGGGGAAGUGUGGAAGAACAGUUACGCCGUACUCGACGUCCUGCAGUCUCCAAUUGGGAAGAGAUGAAGGAGCGACUGAAAGAAAAAUAUUUGCCCAUUGAUUAUGAGCAAAUGAUGUUUGAGGAGAUGUUACAACUCAGGCAGGGAUCGAUGAGUGUCGAUCAAUUCACGGACCGUUUUCAUGAGUUGACUGUCCGCAGCAAGAUUGUGGAAACCGAACAACAAACGUUAGCUCGAUACCGCACUGGCUUACGGAGUGAGCUACGUAGAGAAAUGUGGACUGCUCGUUUAAUCAACGUAGAGGAGGCAUACCAGUUGGCUCUCCGUAUUGAGAGACAAACCGGCCCUACGGUUGGGAGGAGGAUGACGUCGACAGAUGCAAGACAAGAACGUAUUACUCCAACUCCAUUCCAAAGAGCACCAGUUUCGAAAGAUCAAUUUAGAGGCUCGGGAAGUGGGGAUUUGAAAUUGAAAGCAAAAGUUACAAAUGAUGGGCCACAGUGUUAUAAGUGUAAAGGCUUUGGGCAUUAUGCUGUCGUGUGCCCAACAAGAGAUAAGAAACUAGCCUUUAUAUGUGAGAAAGAGUUAUUAGUGGUGGAAGUUGAUGAAGACACAGAAGCAGGGGAGCUCAACGAAGAUGAUCACAGUGAAGAGGAGCAUUUGAGUGCGUCAGAACUACCCAGCUGCGUGAUCAAGAGAGUAUUGACGGGAUCAAGAAAAGAAUUCAAGGCCAAUUCCGAGUGGUUGCGCACCAAUAUUUUUCAUACACGAAUGGAGCAUAAUGGACGAGCUUUGAAUGUCAUUAUUGAUAACGGGAGUGGUAUGAACGUGAUUGCUGAAACUGCUGUUGAACAUUUGGGAUUAAAAACAGAAAAGCACCCCACUCCCUAUCGAAUUAGUUGGGUUAAUGAAAAUAAUUCAGUCCUUGUAAAACGACGGUGCUUGAUUAAAUUUUCAUUAGGAAAAACAUACGUGGAUGAAGCUUGGUGCGAUGUAAUUCCUAUGACUGUUUGCCACAUGUUAUUGGGACGCCCAUGGCUUUAUGAUCGGAAGGUUCUUUACGAUGGGUAUGCUAACACUUAUUCCUUUGAUUUUAAAGGUAAAAAGUUUGUUUUAGAUCCUCUACAGGUUUCAGAAUUUGAAGCAAAGAAGGAAGCUUGCCCAGUUUUAACGAUGUGA